CAUCAGCGCUGGCAGAUUUGGAGCUGAAGGUGUGCUGCUGUUGCCAGUGAACUGCCAUUUGGAAAAGGAGGACUGGAAGAAACCUCCCUGACUGAAGAUACUUGCCACAUCAAGCUCCCCUCGGCAGCAGCGCAACUUGCCCGAAACCCCCUUCCUGGGAUUGUGAAGAGGAGCCCGGGAAGACAGCGUGCUCCCAGCAUCUGCCUGGCUGCCCAACAACGCCACGAUGAACGAGAGUCGGAGGGAAGCGCUGGCAGCGCCGCCCAUGCCCACCACCUCCUCCUCCUCCACGACCGGCUCCAACACCACCAACAUGGCCGGACCGGGCACAGGCGAGAAGGACGAAGCCUUUUCUAAGCUGAAGGACAAGUUCAUGAAUGAGCUGCAUAAAAUUCCACUGCCAUCAUGGGCCAUUGUCUCGAUCGCCUUCGUGGCUAUCAUCCUGGUGUUAGCUUGCUGCUUCUGCAUCUGCAAAAAGUGGAUAUUCAAGAAGAAAAACAAAAAGAAGGGCAAAGACAAGGGCAAAAAUGCCAUUAACAUGAAGGACGUCAAAGAUGGAGCCAAAACCGAGGAUGAGGAGGAUGCGGAGACAGGGCUGACUGAAACGGAGAAAGAGGCCGAGCCCAAGGAGGACCAGAAACUGGGCAAAUUACAAUACUCCCUGGAUUACAAUUUCACAGAGAAUACGCUCAUGGUGGGGAUCAUUCAGGCGGCAGAGCUGCCUGCUAUGGACAUGGGUGGCACAUCUGACCCAUACGUGAAGGUGUACCUGCUGCCUGACAAGAAGAAGAAAUUUGAGACCAAGGUCCACAGGAAGACCCUCAACCCCGUCUUCAACGAGCAGUUCACCUUCAAGGUCCCCUAUGUAGAGCUUGGUGGGAAGACGCUGGUAAUGACGGUGUACGAUUUCGACCGUUUCUCCAAACAUGAUGCCAUCGGUGACAUCAAGGUGCCCAUGAACAAGGUGGACUUCAGCCACGUAACAGAGGAGUGGCGGGAUCUGCAGAGCGCUGAGAAGGAGGAGCAAGAGAAGCUGGGCGAUAUCUGCUUCUCUCUGCGGUACGUUCCCACCGCCGGCAAGCUGACCGUGGUCAUCCUGGAGGCCAAGAACCUGAAGAAAAUGGAUGUGGGAGGCUUGUCAGAUCCAUAUGUGAAGAUCCAUCUGAUGCAAAACGGCAAGAGACUGAAGAAGAAGAAGACGACAAUCAAGAAGAACACCCUCAACCCUUACUACAACGAGUCCUUUAGCUUUGAAGUCCCAUUUGAACAAAUCCAGAAAGUGCAAGUUGUUAUAACUGUUCUGGACUAUGACAAGAUCGGCAAGAACGAUGCCAUCGGCAAGGUCUUUGUGGGCCUCAACAGCUCGGGGACAGAGCUGCGCCACUGGUCCGACAUGCUGGCCAACCCCAGGAGACCCAUCGCCCAGUGGCACGUCCUGAAGCCCGAGGAGGAGGUGGACGCUCAGCUCUCCACCAAGAAAUAGGCAGGGCGCUUUCAGUACCUGCCUUGUAGUACUCUUUAGCCAGUAUGUGUAAAUACCUCAGUGAUAUAUGGGUCCAUCCAUGUAACUCCCACCUCCCUUCACCUCACCCCUCAGCCUCCCCCAGCUUUACCGCUCUCCCGAUUUCACACAGUCCUGAUCGUCCGAACAUCCCGCCACAUCCCGUUCUGCUUUUCUUUUUCUAUCAGGGUCUCGCUUUUAUUUUUGUUUCCUCUUUGAUUUAGCGGUUUUUGAUUUCCAUCUCCAAGCCCUUAACUGCCCCGACCAAAAGCCCCCUUCUUUUAAGCAAUAUGAUCUGUAUAGAUAGCGCAUGAC